GUUCAUUUUCAGGCUGUUACUGCCGACAUAGAAGACAAUGGCAUUGUUGGUGAUCCAUUUGUUGACUGUGGUGACAGCUACAUUGAGGUGCGCUUUGAAACACAGAACACGUUUAAAGGUUUAGUGUUCGUUGAAGAUUACCUAACAGAUCCAGAUUGCCGUUCUCCAGCAGUGGAAAAUGUAGAUGAAACUGGCCGUAAUGCAUCGCUAAGACUUGGCUUCAAAGGAUGUGGUGUUGAACGACGACGAUCGCAAGAUCCAAAAGGUAUUUUUGUUGUGGCAUCAAUGAUUGUUGCAUUUCAUCCAGAAUUUUUGACAAAAAUUGAUCGCGUUUAUGUGGUACAGUGUUUCUAUAUGGAAAUGGAAAAGAUCAUCGAAAAAGAGAUUCAAGUAAAAAUGAAACCACCUCUUCUGAGGACAGAAAAUGUUCCGAUGCCAAUUUGCCGUUAUGAGGUACUCGACGGUUCACCGGAAGGUCCACCAAUAUUCUAUGCGGUUAUUGGACAAAUGGUUUAUCAUAAGUGGUCAUGCGAAGCUGUAACAGAGAAUCAGUUUUGCAUGGUAGUUCAUACCUGUUAUGUGGACGACGGAAAUGGUGACCGGGUUCAGUUGAUCGAUGAGAAUGGAUGUGCCAAAGAUAAGCAUUUACUGCAAAAUUUGGAAUAUACAUCGGAUUUGACUGUUGGACGAGAGGCUCACGUUUAUAAGUAUGCUGAUCGGCAGGAUAUGUUUUUUGAUUGUCAAAUAACGUUGACAAUCAAAGAACCAAAUCAGCAACACUGUGAUGUAAGUUCUAACUAA